AUGGCGGGGCCCACAGCGAUGUGCCGCAUGAUCGUCAUGUCCUGGUGCUGGAGCUUCUUGGCCGACUACUUGUGGUUGCCAGCCUUGGCCUAUGCAGCAGAUCAGGGUCAUGGACCUUCGUUUCUGGGCUUUGCCUUCGCCCUGAACCUGGGAUCCCGUCUGAUUCCCAAUGUGGCCGUGACUAAGUUAGGUCGCAAGGCAGAGUUCCCGAUGAUGGUGCUGGUCAUUGCCGGAUACUCUACGUCUCUUCUGCACCCGACUCAAGCAUGGGCAUUCUUCUUCAUGGCAUUCUGCUCCGGCUUGGGGUUUCUGCGAGUGUGUGUGACGCUGCACAUUCAAGCAGCAUUUGCCGAGUCAGAGCAGUUUUGCACUGUCUGCAAGUAUGCGGGAGCUUCGAAGAAUUUGGGCAGCAUUUCGGCCAUGAUCUUGCCCAUCCUCCUCUAUCAGCAACAUGGAUGGCGGGCCGUCUGCCUCGGCGCUUUGGCAGCGGCGGUGUUGUACCUUUUCUUGUCGAUCCUGCAAAGCCUGCAGCAGGCCUCGGUGUCGGAGCUCGGGGUGAAGGACUCUGAAGCCGAUUUGACCGACGAUGUGAGCUCGGAUGGUGCCGUGGUGUGGAUCGACUGGAUCAUCGGCUUCGCUUUCACCAUUACGGAGCUUCAGUACAACAUCGGGAACGCCGCCAUUCCGCAGACCUUGACGAGAACAUUCGGACUGCAGGUUUGGCAGGUCGGACCUCUUCUCGCCAGUGUUAAUUGCGCUUGCAUGUGCUUUCUGGCUUUGCUGCCUCGCCUGCCGGUCGCAAUGUUACACCGGAACCCCGUGAACAUCGUCCUGGCCUUCCUUUCCAUCUUGCUGUCAUGGAUCCUUGCCUCCGUUGCCUCGUUCAUUCCGGAAGGCCUGCCCAUCUUUGUGGCCAGCAUCUUGCUCUUCACGCUGGCGGUGAACAUGGUCCAGGUCCUUCUCCUGGAGUAUCUCUCCAACGUCCUGGAUGCCCAAGGAUCCAAGAAACUCCUGGGCCUGUCUGAAACCUUGGGAUGUGGCUUCGCCAUGCUGGGCGGUUAUCUGGGUGAUGUGCUUGAAGUCUAUGGGGAUGCUGCGCCCUUCAUGAUGCAAAGCGCCGUCGCUCUGGUUGCCGUGUCCAUGGUGGGGGCCUGCCUGGGGUAUCGCCACAUGACACGCUCCAAGGUGUUGUGCAUGCAGGACGGGAAUGGUGCGGACGCUCGUUUACAAAACCCGGGUAGCCCGAGCAUGAGCAGGGCUUUGCGGUCUUGUGCACGGCAAAGCCUCGAGGGUGUCAGACAGAUUGUCAGCUGCACGUCGACACACAGCCUUGCAAGUGUGGAGUCGGCUUACCGGAAGGCCGUAACAAGGGCUGGCUCGCCUCUCGCAGCACCCUUACUCGAUAGUGACGUCUUGUCGCGAUCCUCCAGCCACCCGUCUGUGGCCAGUGAGCGAUCCGAUCGAUCUGAGCAGCAAAGCGAGCCCGGUGAUUGCGAUGCCUGGCUCCUUGACGUCGACAGAGGUGCUGAGGUGCUUGGCAUUCGACCGCCGGCGAGCACGCGGCCUCGCGUGGCUUCGGCCUCUGGUUUCUUCGCCCCACGCGUCCGCCUGGCGGCUGCAUCUGCCCCCGUGCAGAGGGGUGCGGUCUUGGGAGGCCGGCUUCUGCUGUGGAGCUUGCUCGGUGGCAUUGCUCUUAUCAGGGCAAUUUCGGCGGAUAGCCGGCUGCAUCUUGAGGCUCCUGGCUUCCUCUCUGGAAGUUCCUGCAAGGGUGGCAACGAGCUGGAGCGAGUUACUCUGCGCCUUGCUGGCCUUACCAUAGACAUCAGUCGCGACGGCGGCUCCAGCUCUUCACUGGGGUCGUUCGAGCUUGUGAAUUUGCCAGGUGCCCGGACCGAAACCGGACCCCGUGCUGGCAGUGAGUCUGCGGGAGCCUCUGUCGUUAGCUUGAACGAGCGGCUGGCCAACUGCACCACUGCGGCGGAGCUCAACUCUGUGGAGAUUGGGGCUUUUGCUGAACAAGCUCGGGGCCUGGGAUCGACUGGUGAGUGGGCGGCUCGAGGUCGGGCUGCACGAUCUCUCCUGGCUGGGGUGCAAGCGGCUAAGAAGCUGAGUGAAAAGAUCAACGCUGUGCCUCGAUCCCUCCCUCUUUCACUUAGCAAUCGCUUCUACGUCUGCUUGCGGUGCGAGCUCUUCCCGGAAGGCUUCGUCACUGAGAGCUUCAAGGUCUACAAGGCCACGUGCUUCAACAGUCGUGGGACCGCCCCGGAGGUUGGGUCGGUGAGCCACGGCUUCCCAUCGAAGACCGAGGAGGAAGUCCGCAACCUGGCGGUGCCCGGAGACGCUGCCCGGCCACUGGGGAUUAUCUUCUUUUGCGACCUGGAGGAAGAGCCCACUUGGCGGGCCACGGCUUUCCUCGUCCGAGUUGGACGUGGCGGUUUCCUCGUCGCCCUACCCUUGGACGACCGAGUGCAGGAUGCUCUGCAACAGCUGGGCGAGGACGAGGAGGACACCAUCUUCUUCGGGGAAAACACAGUGGCUUGCGAGACUGCUCGGCGCCGGCCAGUGGGAACCGUGAGCCUCUACCUGGUCGAUGACGCCCACUUAGCCGAGAUCGAGGCCGGCGUUGUCGAGGACAGCCAAAGGCUCAUCCUGGCUCAGACGCAAGUGCUGGCGAAGCUGGCCCAGCCAAAGGCCGUGGAUCCGCUGGCGGCCGCCCUGGGGAGCAUGACGAAAGAGGCCAUGGGCAUCGACGCCACCAAUGUGCCCUCGCGCCUGAUGCUGGGCUACGUCGAGCGCAAAAUGCCGGUGGGCGACCAGAAGCUCCUAGCUCUCAUCGCCACGUUCGCCGCGUCUGGUUGGCGCGCAGCGGGCGACGAGGGGAACACGAGCUUAGAGAGCUGGAUGGCAAAGCUCCUGGUCUUUUGCGACCAGAGCUCGGUGGAGGGGGGCAGGACCCAACUGCCCUGGCUGCUCACAGGGUUGAGCGACCCAAACUUCGCAGCCAUGAACCGACGACGUCAAGGCAUCAAGCCGUUUGGCCGUUUGAUCCCGAGCACUUGGAUGUCAGCAAACAUCGCGUAUGUCAAGGAGAUGGAUUUCCUGGGAGCCCGCGUUGCAGGAGGCACGGCGACCUCUUACGAUGCAGGGCUAAGCGCGCCGGCGAAGUUUGGCCUGUCCCGCCACCGUGCCGAUGGACGGACCACGCACGAGGCACUUGGGCGUUCUUGUGAAAAAUUCAACCUCUUGCUUGAGUUGAGUGCAGCACUGCCCAGCUUGGAUGCCACGGAUCCCGUUGCAGCAGAUGCCCGCUUAGCCAAGUUGGUUGCCGAAUUGCAAUCCGGGUGGGACUCUUAUGCUCGUAGGUUCACGGAUCGCGGGGCGAAAUCCUUCGCUUGGCUGGCAAAUGGGACGAACACCAGGUCCCCAGCACCUCGUUCUGCCACAUGGGAGUUUCUUGCGAUUGACGACCGCCUUACUGCACAGAUCGUGAGUCGUGAAGCUUGGCGACGAUUGUGCCACCCGGAUCGCGACACAUCAAUCUUCGCUGCUUCAGAGCUCGCUUAUCAGAGCGUCGGAUUUGUGCAACAUCCACGCAAAAGACGACGUGACGAGCUUCGGGGGGUUUACCUCGGGGCCGAAGCUGAUGGCGAAGUUGGCAUUGUGAGUGCACCGCGCUGCCGCGUCAUUGUGCUCAUGGUGCUUACUGCUGCGAUUGCUCGAAAGGGCACAUGUUCUUCAUCGCUUCUCGCCUCCAUCCUGGGGCUUUGGAUUCAUGUGUUGAUGUUCCGUCGGCCGGUGCUGGCCCUCUUGAACCAGGCCUUUUUAGACUCGCGUCGUGAACCGGUGGACCGUGUGCUGCCCUUGCAUCGUGACACUGUCAACGAGCUCCUCGCCUUGGCAGUGCUUGGGCCCGUGUUGCAAACGGACCUUCGGGUGUCCUACACCGAGCAGCUCUUUGCUAUGGACGCCAGUCCAGAUGGAGCCGGCUUAGUUGCCGCGCCUCUGGUCAAGGAGUUGUGGCGUUUUUCGGAGCAACGCGGUUUCUACACCCGACUCGCCAAUCCCGCGGGCCCGCGGGCGAAUGCUUGGAAAGCUUGGGCCUGGAAUCCGCACCGGCUUUUGGUCUUCUCGGGCGACGGGGCUUGGUCGGCAGCGCACCAGGCUGCGGGGCUCCGGGCGUUCCCCGGGUUGACUUGCGAGCGUGGUGGUGCGCCGCGAGCUGUUCGGUUUAGCGACCUGAGCUCCGUCAGUGUGUUUCACGAGUUGCGCAGCCUUGCUUUGCGGGGCGUUGUCGGCGAGUGGCACGCUUCACCUCCGGCUGGCUCCUUCCAAACCUUGCGGCGCCCCCGGUUUAGGUCUAAGAGUAGGCCUUGUGGGUUUGGGUCAGCACCGGCUUCGGCUCACCUGGAGAACUGCCUUGCUCGCCGCCUGGCGUUCUUGUUCUGCGUCGUUGCCUUGAACGGAGGGUACUUUUCGGUCGAGCAACCGGGCUCCAGCGUGAUGUUCUACUUGCAGUGUUUCGUCAGGCUGGCCAGCUUGGGUGCCGUGCUUACACGGUACUGCUGCUGUUCCUUUGGUGCACCCUUCAAACGCCCUCGGCAGCUUCUUCACAACAAAGGCUGGUUGCUCGAACUCGAGGGCCCUUGCUUGUGCUCCCGGGACCGACCUCACUUUCGCGUCGAAGGCACCUUUACCACUGCUUCUUUGAGCUCUUUUGAGGACUCUUGUGCCCCGUCUAGCCUCUCGGUCUUUGGUGCUUCACCUGCGGUUGGUGAAUCGUUGGCCAGCUUUGCUGCGCGCUCCCCUUUGCGCCUGGUUCAGCGCAUGGCCUCCGGGAGUGUCUGGGCGCGGGACGGUUCGGUUCCUGUGUUGUCCUUGUCCGUGUCCGCCAAGUACGCCACCCUGCAGACCCUAACCUUAGGUGGUUUAGUCCCCCUGCCCGACUUGUCCGAAGUGCGGUUUGAGUCUCGCCCAUGCCACGACGACCCGGAGUGGAUCGGUGAGCUUAGCGACUCUUUAGAAUUUAGGGAACUCCUUGGGUACAGGUUUAAGAAGCGCGGCCACAUCAACAUUCUUGAAACACGUUGCUACAAGACUUGGUUGAAAUGGUGUGCGACCCGACAUCGCAACUCCAGACUUCUGGGUCUGAUCGACUCUCGGGUUUUGUUGGGAGCGUCCGCGAAAGGGCGCUCAAGAAGCCCCUCCUUGAGCCAUGUGCUGCAGGGUAGUCUUCCCUUCCUGUUGGGCGGUGGCCUUUACCCCGGCGGCCUUCACGUGUACUCAGCUAAGAACCGCAGCGACGGGCCGUCCCGCGGACGUGCUGUCGAGCCUCCGACCAAGGAGCAGCCUCUUUGGCUCAGAGACCUGAUGUCUGGCAGCUACGAGCGCUUCGACAUCGUUGUGGCUGCGGCGGGCGUCCCCAAGCUCGCAGGCUUUGCAGCCUCCACGAAGCACAAGAUGCGCAAGGCCCUGGGAGCUUUUAUCGCUUGGCUGGAAAGCGAUCUGUAUCUCUUGGUCUAUGCCAUCACGGCUGUGCAAGAUGCUUUUCCGGAAUACCGCGGCAGCCUUGCUCCUGCGUGGCAGGUGGACAAGAAGUGGCAGGCUGCUGAACCCGGUCAAUGCCGACCUGUCAUUUCUCAGCCCAUCGUCCAAGCUGCUGUGACGUUGGCCCUUGUUUGGGGUUGGAAAGAUUGGGCCGCAGUUACCUUGAUCGGGUUCUUGUGCAUGCUGCACCCUUCUGAAAUAGUGCCCCUCGUGAGGCAAGACCUUGUUCUACCGUCGGAUGCCAUGACUACCGACUGGGUGGCUUACGUACAUGUGCGCAAUCCAAAGACGCAGCGGUUCGCCCGGCGACAGCACCGUCGUUUGGACGACCCUGUGACCCUGCAGUUCCUCAGCGCCCUCUACAAGGACCUUCCGCUGGAUGCCCGUCUGUUUCGUGCGUCGAUGCAUGUGUAUCGUCGGCAGUGGAACGCCAUCAUGGCGCGCUUGGGUGUGCCAUACACCCAAGCCGAGCGCGGCGCCACUCCUGGCGUUUUGCGUGGCAGUGGAGCCACGUUCUUGUAUCUUGAGACAGAGGACAUCUCCUUGGUCGCUUGGCGGGGGCGCUGGAGCAAGGUCAAGACGAUCGAAUUCUAUCUUCAGGAAGUAGCUGCGCAGCUGUUACUUAUGCAGCUUUCCGAAGGGUCGCGCCGUCGCAUUUCGGUGCUCCGCAAGUUUGCGCAGCCCCUCUUGUUGCUGCACGUGGCAACAGCUUGUCUUUGA